CCUGGGGUAUAAAACAGCACCUGUGUGAAGGCUCGGGGUCUCACCCUUCUUUUGGGAGAGGCCCCGAUCGAUCGGUUUGUGUUUCUGUGCUUAAUAAACGCCUAUUACUAAUAUACUUUUGAUCUACACUGGUUCUUGGUGUUCUUCCUUGGUGCUGGUUCCUCUCCGGGGGAGUUCGCAGGUGUGUGCGGGACCGCAACAUUUGGGGUCUCGUCCGGGAUCGGACAGUGGAGGUUAAAGAUGUGAAACAGGGUCCCUCCCUGUCUUUGGAAGCUCCGAAGCGGAGGUUAAAGAUCUGAAACAGGGUCCCUCCCUUCGACGACCACGCCUGCAUCUCCAACGGGAUUAGGGAAGAGCUCCAUCUGCUGGUAGAGAGGGAAAAUUUAAUCACUUCUCUUCUAGCUUUGCAACGGUUUCAAGACUUUAUUAAACCUUUGUUAAAAGACGCUUUUACAUCACCCCCUGCUGUACCCCAUGCCUUACAGACUGGAGACUUGGUCUGGGUGAAAAAACAUAACCCCCAGACACUGGAGACCAAGUGGACAGGACCUCACCUCAUUGUGCUGACCACCCCGACCGCAGUCAAGGUUGACGGCGUGCGGACUUGGAUCCAUUACAGCAGGAUAAAGAAGGACCACACAGCGGGAGAGCCAGAAGGAGAACCUCCAACAUGGAAAGCCCAGGCUCAUCCGCAGGAUCCAUUGAAGCUGCGCAUUAUUCGCAAGUCUUGUUAAUAUGGGGACCAUUGAAAAUUUGGGGGGGAGGACCAGAUGGAGGAGGAAUCAUAUUGUUAGCAGAAGGGUACCCUUAUGUCUGGGAAUUGAGAGAUGGAAUUACGGGCCUCACUAUAACUAAAAAUGAAACCUCUUCAACUCGGCCCUGUUUGAGGUUCGAUCUUUGUGAUAUUGCCGGGAACAGUCUUAGAGGUUAUGGCCACAAAGGCUACGGAAGAUUUGGGAGUCAACCCCAUGGCUGUGACAGUGCUGAGGUAACCAAAGCCCUUAGAAAUACCCAAUGGUACGCUUGCCCCAGGGAGGGAAGCCCAGAAUGUGCCCUGGAGGAAGAAUACUAUUGUGGAGCAUGGGGCUGUGAAACUUUGGCCCCCUGGGUAACUAAUAAGGACCCGUUGAUCACCUUAUGGCGGGUUCAAAGUACCACCUGCAAAAACCCAAGGGAAUGUAACCCUUUGGAGUUGUGUAUUAAGGAAGCAAGCUCUAAGGUAUGGACAACGGGGCAAACUUGGAGAAUAAGAUUAUAUAUAUAUGGUCCAGACCCUGGGGCUUUAUUCACACUCCAACGAGUACAAAGGCCCCGAACACUAAAUCCCAUAGGACCAAACAGAAAUCAAUACCGACCUCAAGCACCCGUUUUCAAUCCAGUCACAGCCCUGAGUUCCCCCAACGAGGAGGCUAAACUGCCUCCUCCUACCCAAAGUACCCUUCUGCAGGAAUCACCUCAGUACACCCUCCUUAAACAAGUAGAAGAAGUACAUGUCCUCAUAAACAAAACUUAUCCUUUACUGGCUGAGGACUGCUGGCUUUGUUACAAACCACAGCCCCCCUAUUAUGUGGGGCUAGCAAUUGGGGCUUCAAUAGGACAAAAUGAAACUCACAUCUGCAACACAACGGAUGCAAGAGGGUGCUCUUGGGAAGACCCCCAUGUAACUUUGGGAGAUGUAAAGGGAAAUGGAACAUGUGUAAUUCGUGAAGGGUUUAACGUGACCCUAACACCUACCAUGAUAUUUGUAAUCAUACUAUAAGCAUUCCCAGUGCGCCGGGUUUUGAAUAUAUAUUGCGCUCCCCCCGGGGAACUUGGUUUGCUUGUAUGAAAGACAUCACCCCUUGUGUAAGCUCUACUAAAUUUAGCAGCAUCUGUAUUUUAGUUCAUAUUUUACCCCAGAUUUAUCUAUUCCAAGGGACUGAAGGAAGAGCCCACCUGCUAGGGACCCGAAGAUCUCAUCGUGCGGUACCUAUUCUGAUUCCCCUGUUGGUAGGACUAGGUUUCGCCGGAUCCGCGGCUAUAGGAACCGCGGGACUCAUCACUAGCCACCAAAAUUUGAGGAAUUUAGAGGUUUUGAUAGAUGCUGACUUACGACAUCUUACUGCAUCUAUUACAACCCUACAGGAUCAGGUGGACUCCUUAGCCGAGAUGGUAUUACAAAAUAGAAGGGGACUAGAUUUACUGUUUUUAAAAGAGCGUGGGUUAUGUGCAGCUCUAGGAGAAACAUGUUGCUUCUAUGCUAAUAAGUCGGGAGUAGUGCGAGACUCCCUUGCUCUUGUGCGGAAGAAUAUCGAAGAAAGAGAAAAGAAUCGACAGGCCUCUGAGCCUUGGUACCAAAGAAUGUAUACCUGGUCUCCCUGGAUGACUACUCUUCUCUCAGCUUUAGCAGGACCAGUAAUCCUUUCAUUCCUGGGACUCUUAGUUGGGCCCUGUAUACUUAAUGCUUUAGUUAAGUUUGUUAAGCAAAAAAUUAGUGAAAUAAAAAUCUUAGCUUUAAGAAGGACAUAUGCUCAUUUAGAUACCGAUGAAACAGAAUCCAGGAUUUGAUUGAUUUACAAGAAAAGGGGGGAAUGUGGCGAGACACAUUGUCCCAGAACUUAUAGUUUAGAUUGUAAUGCCUGGAAUCAAUGGUGGAAUGCUUUGGUUUGAAACUGUUUGUACUGAAAUUGCUUUUAUUGCUAACCGCGUGACUUAGCCUCUGGGAAAACUGAGCUUUGCUUGCCAAGCAUAUCGUGAACAGGAAAGUUCUGAGUUCCAGGUGGCCGACCCGAGAUAUUAAGAUUAGCACGAACAUCCUGUUUACCCUGGGGUAUAAAACAGCACCUGUGUGAAGGCUCGGGGUCUCACCCUUCUUUUGGGAGAGGCCCCGAUCGAUCGGUUUGUGUUUCUGUGCUUAAUAAACGCCUAUUACUAAUAUAA